ACGCCUGGUUUCCCGGAUCGAUCAUCUUCCCUGCUGCCUAUUGCCCGGAUGGAGUAGAGGCGCGGAAAUGGCCGAUUCCGGCAUUAACUGGGUGGCCGAGGAGAGGAGCGGCCAUUGUGCGGUUUUGAUUGGCAACCAUCUAUAUGUGUGGGGUGGUUAUGUGACAUAUGAAAAUAAUGAAGUUUACUUGCCAAAUGAUGAAAUCUGGGUUUAUGAAAUAGAAAGUGGUGUAUGGCAGAGGAAACCAAUGAAAGGAGAACUUCCUCGUCCUAUGUCAGGAAGCUGUGCAGCUUGUCUGAAUGGUAUCAUGUACAUUUUCGGAGGAUAUGAUGACCUAGGAUAUAGUAAUGAACUGUAUUGUGUUAAUUUGCAAGUGAAAGAUGAAAUAUUUACUUGGAAGAAACUCAAUAAUUACCAAGGAAAUCCUCCUACUCCAAGAGACAAACUUUCAUGCUGGGUAUAUAAAGACAAGUUGAUUUUUUUUGGCGGCUAUGGAUGCAAGAAAAUCAGUGAAUUAAAUGAUUCAUUUGACGUGAAUGAAGCAUCCUGGGAAGAAGAGAUGUUCUGGGGGUGGAAUUAUGACAUCCAUGUCUUUGACCCCAACUUAAACAUCUGGUACCAGCCAACAACUAGAGGAAUGCCUCCUCGCCCUCGAGCAGCACAUGCAUGUGCCACACUGGGAAAUAAAGGAUUUUUAUUUGGAGGAAGAAUACUGGAAACGAGAAUUAAUGAUUUGCACUGCUUGAACUUAGAUACAUGGACUUGGUCAGGAGAAAUUACCAUUAAAGGAGUACGUCCACAGGGUCGUUCAUGGCACACUCUGACUCCUGUGACAGAUGAUCAGCUUUUCCUUUUUGGAGGAUUAAGUGCAGAAAGUCAACCUCUUAGUGAUGCAUGGAUUUACACUGUUGGAGCUGCAGAAUGGCGGCAAUUAGAACACUGCCCUAGAAAUAGACCAAGGUUGUGGCAUACAGCCUGCCUAGGAAAGGAGCAUGAAGUGAUGGUGUUUGGUGGGAGCAAGGAUGAUUUACUUUCCUAUGAUUCUGGUCACUGUAAUGAUGUGCUUAUCUUUCAAACACAACCCUAUUCACUUUUCAGGUUGUGCUUAGACUGCAUUGCAAAAAAUUCCACAGUUUUGCAAAAUCAACUUCCAUGGUUACCUCAUCAAUUGUUUUCUCAAGUGCAGAAGAAAAUCACUUUCUGGAUUUCAGCUGGACACCAAGAGAAAUAAUAAUGUAUUUUAAACUGCAAGUUUAAUUCAAGAAGGUUUGCGUACAUAACAUUUAAUGAUGUAUUUCACAAUAUACAUCAUUGCAAUGAGCAAAUGUAAUAUUUGAGAUGUACAAACCCAAAUUGGGUUGAUUAUAAACGUGAUUGUUGUUCUGUUGUACAAUAUUUUAUUCAGUUUUGUAGACUAAUUAACAUAGCUACUAUGUUAAUACAUUUUAUAUCAUUCUGGACUAGAUUUGGAAAUA